AUGUCGAAAGAACUUCCAAAAGAUGUAAUCAUCGACAUCCUCUCGCGUGUUCCCAUCAGAUACAUCCUCCGUUUCAAAUCCGUCUCCAAAUCAUGGUACGCUCUUUUCAAAAACCCUAAAUUCAUAACCAAACAUUUCGAAAAUCAAACCACAAGCUCCGAUGUCACUGCCCUGGAUGCAUCUUUCCUUUUUACCCCUCACAAGUCGUCGUCUCCCCCUACCGCCGCCGCUAAUCGUAACGUUGGAUUGAUCCUAUCGAACUCUGAAAAACCAAUCAAAAUUCCCAUUGAGAUCGACAUCCCGUUUCUCAGCAUCUCAAAACCCUUACGGGUCUGUGGCAGUUGUAAUGGUUUAAUCUGUUUGAGCAUUUUGCCGAUUGCAUCGAUUAUCUUGUUAUGGAAUCCUGCUACUAGGGUUUUCAAAGACCUCCCUGUAUCCCCAAUUGAUCGACCCCAAGCUGGUCCGAUUAAGGUCGUAUUAGGUUUUGCGUUUGAUGAUGUUACGAACGAUUAUAAGGUGUUGAGGAUUGUGUAUUACGGUUACCCAUUGAAUCAAGUGGAAAUGUACUCGUUGAAUACAAAUACGUGGAAGGAGAUUAAGACUCGUGUGCAGUUCUUGAUCUUUGAGUCAUCGUGUAGUGUGUUCUUGAAAGGUAGGUUUCAUUGGACAGCUAUAGGGUUCGAGGAGAUGCAUGGGAAGAAGCUGAUUGUGUGUUUUGAUUUCCGUGAAGAGGCUUUUCACUAUAUCAUGCCCCCUGAGUUCGAUUUUGGUGGAUGGGAUGCUGAAGGUGAAGAUUCAAGUAUGUCUAAAGUCAGUUGGACUGCUGUAGCUUUUAAGGAUUCAUUAGCAGUGAUUGGUUCAGCUGGGAAUGGAUCUGGGAAGAGGUUUGAGGUGUGGGUGAUGAAAGAAUAUGGGGUGGUUUCUUCAUGGACAAAGUAUAGGUCUUUUGAACUUCAAACCAAAGUUGGGAGGCCAUUGGGGUGUGGAUUGAAAGGUGAGUUUUUGUUGGAGAAGGAUAAUAAUCAGUUGGUUUUAUAUGAUUCAGAUUCUCAGAGGAUCAAGAAUUUGGGGAAUCAUGGAGUUGCUUAUUGGUCUGAUGUGUUUAAUUAUGUUGGAAGUUUACUUCCUAUCAAUGGAGGGAAGGUUGCUCAAAGAACCAAUUUAUCAUCUGUGGUUCCUGACAUCUUCUUUGUUCGAAAGAUGGACCUUACAAUCGACCGCAACAACAAUCUCAUGCACACUGUCUAUUGGCAACAUGCUGAUGCACCUUAUGAAGUAUCUUCAAUAUCACUUGUUCCUAGCUCUAUGCCUGGUGUUGUAGGUCGAAUGGGUUCAUUGGGGUCCACUCAGGACAGAGUGUAUGGGCUACCCUUUGCCUUUAGGGUUACAUCUCAACCUCCGAUACAAAACGUAUCACGCAAUACCACCAACCAAAGAAACAGAUACCCGAGGCAAACAUCAACCACCCAAUCUCCAAUUUUAACCGAGCAAAAUAAAGGGCUUGAGAAGCUUAAGAAAGAAAUUUACAACCCGGGGUUGCAAAGGGUAAGUUUAUAUUAUAGGGAUCCUGAUUUUAGAGCCAAAUCACGAGAGAAACAUAACAAAGAAGAUGGCAAAAGAUGUGCGGUUUGUUUAGACGAUUUUGAAGCGGGAGAAAUGGUGACAUUGACACCGUGUAAUCAUAUGUUUCAUGGAGAUUGUAUUGUGCCAUGGGUGAAGAGUAAUGGCCAAUGUCCGGUUUGUCGGUUUGUUAUUAGUGAUAGGAGUAAAGAGCGUGAAGGAAUGGGAACGAGUGAUAAUCACAGGGUUGUGGUGGGAGGUGAUAUGGUUCCAAGAGAUUUGAUUGAUUUUAUUAGACAUAUGGAAGGUAGAAGUUGAUCUUGAAAGGAAUAGUGUG